AUGUCACAUGGGCUCUUUAUUGUGUUUUUAAGGACACUGAUGGGUUUUGUUUGCAUGCAACACAGUAUGGACCAACAAAAUGGUCUCAUUGCAAGGUCACUACCUGGACAUAUAGGCAAGCAAUGUCAAGAGAGGUGGCAUAAUCAUCUGAAUCCAGAAUACAGAGAGAUGGUUGGACUACUGAGGAACAUGCACGAAUUAAUACCCAUCGGGUAUAUGAGAAUAAAUGGGCAAAAAUAG